ACAGCUGCUAAGAAUAUUAAAUUUUCUAUUCCCAUUUGAUACAUCAUAUAAUACAUAAACCGAAACCCCAAAAAUAUCUACAUCGUUCUACUUUUUCACUUACUCUUCGUUUCUUUGUAGGUGUCAAGUUCUGAGUUCUAAUGGGUUGUGCUGGAUCCUCACAGUCCAAGUCAAAUGGGGCUGUAAAAAAGAUCCGAAAACCUAAGCCUUGGAAGCAUCCUCAACCAAUAACGAAGACUCAUCUAAUGCAGUUGCGAGAAGAGUUUUGGGACACUGCUCCUCACUAUGGUGGCCGGAAAGAGAUAUGGGAUGCUCUUAGGGCUGCUGCCGAGGCUGAUCUAACCUUAGCACAAGCAAUUGUGGAUAGUGCAGGUGUCAUUGUCCAGAGUUCUGAUUUGACAGUAUGCUACGAUGAAAGAGGAGCAAAAUAUGAGCUACCAAACUAUGUUUUGAGUGAGCCAAGUAACUUGAUUCGAGACAGCUGAUAACAAAGAAUAAAUAUUAAGUAGUAUAAGUAUCAUUGCAGGGAAAUGAUUGUAAAUCAUGUAUAUUAUAUAAUCUCAUUUAUUUGGUCACUCACGUAGAAGUUCCAGCACCUACGCUCUGUUAGAGAAGAUAAAUAUCCUUCAACCAUCCUUUGGCAAGUAUAUAUAAACCCUCUUGUGCCUCCAAACCCUUGUAUAUAUAUUUUUAAUAAUGGUUAAAUUAAAAUUUUAGUUAU